AUUGGGUACUAGCUACUCCUCGAAUCUGCAUCCUUGCGACAAUGUCUGACGACGAACGGCCUGCCAAGCGAGCCAGAGAAGCGUCGCAGGAGCAGACUGCCACGGACCGGCCAGCCAAUGGCAAAGAGGCAGAACCACGCAUCGUAGCUUCAGACGAGGACAGCGAUGACGAGGUUGGGCCUAUGCCAGCUGCGCUAGAAUCUCUCGAGCCCACCAGCAAGCCAAAGAAACGCAAAGUGCUCAAGCACGAGAAGCUGUACCUCGAUCAGCUACCUACGGCAGAUCGCUAUCACCGCUCUUUCAUGCAUCGUGAUACAGUUUCCGACGUUCUCGUCACAAAAACCGACUUCAUCCUGACUGCGUCCACAGAUGGUCAUCUCAAGUUCUGGAAGAAACGCGACAUAGCCAAAGGCGAGACAGGCAUCGAGUUUGUCAAGCACUACCGCGCCCAUCUCGCGCCAAUUCUUGCAGUCGUCGCAGACCAAGAAGGACUCGUCGCGGCCACGAUUGCAGCAGACGGUGGGCCGAACGGUGCGCUGGGUAGCUGCAAGAUCCUCGACGUCACCAAUUUCGAUAUCAUCAAUAUCAUCAAUCUCGACUUUGUCCCCAAGACAUGCUGCUGGGUGCAUCAGAGAGGCAGCGGGCAAUCGUUACUUGCAAUAUCCGAUGCUGACACACCGACGAUUCGCAUAUACGACGGCAGAGGCGACGGCAAGGCCUUAGUGGCGCUCAGCAAAGUUCACAAGGCUGCUGUACAUCUAAUGACCUAUAAUCCUGUAUAUGACAUCAUCGUGUCUGCCGACGAGAGCGGAUUCAUAGAAUAUUGGCAGCCACGAGAGGCAUUUGAGCCGUCGAAAGACAUAGCAGGCCUAUGGCAAUUCAAAAGUGCGACAGAUCUGUACGAAUUCAAAAAGACCAAGAGUAUACCACUGUCGCUGACGAUAUCACCAACGGGUCAGCAUUUUGUGACGACUUCGCUCACGACCGAUCGGCAAAUCAGGAUAUUCCACUUUCUGUCCGGCAAGCUGCAUCGCAAGUAUGACGAGUCUCUGUUGGCGAUACAAGAAAUGCAACAGGCAGGCACUGCCAUCUAUACAGUCGAGAAUAUGGAAUUUGGCAGACGCCUUGCGCUCGAAAGAGAGCUAGAGCGUGUCGAGGCUGGCAAGAAGGAGCGAGCGAUAUUCGACGACAGUGGCAAUUUCGUUUGCUAUCCUCACCUGCUCGGCAUCAAAGUGGUCAAUAUAGUUACUAACAAGGUUGCGCGGCUGCUGGGCAAAGAUGAGACGAUCCGUUUUCUCGACUUGUCUCUGCAUCAGGCUUCCAGCCAAAAGAAAGGCAUCAUCACAGUCGCUAUGGCCGCGUCUGAGAACCCAUUGUUGGCGACAAAGACCGAACGCGAUCCCAUCUUGUUUGCGACAGCCUACAAAAGAUCACGGUUCUACCUGUUCUCGCGCGACGAGCCCGAAGGCGAAGGCAAGAACGUCGAUCGCGAUGUUUUCAACGAGAAGCCGACGCGCGAAGAAGCGUCGAUAGCGGCAGCACAGCCGACCGCCACUUCGGGCAAGCUUGCUCAUAGCGCAGUCAUCCACACGACCGAAGGCGACAUCCAUCUGCGACUCUUCCCGGAGCAAGCGCCGUUGGCCGUGGAAAACUUUGUUGGCCUGUCAAAGUCGGGUUACUAUGAGGGCGUCAUCUUCCACCGAGUCAUCAAAAAAUUCAUGCUACAAACCGGCGAUCCAUUGGGGGAUGGAACGGGUGGAGAAUCGAUCUGGGGCAAGCCGUUCGAAGACGAAUUCUCACCCGAGCUCAAGCAUGAUCGACCGUAUACGCUGAGCAUGGCCAAUGCAGGGCCAAAGACCAAUGGUUCGCAAUUCUUCAUUACGGUCACACCGACGCCUUGGCUCGACAACAAGCACACCAUCUUUGGCAGAGCUAUCGCUGGACUUGACGUCAUCCACGCCAUCGAGAACACGCGUGUCAAUGCCAAGACGGACAUGCCAUGGGAGGAGAUCAAAAUUGUGUCUGUGGACACCGCAUAGUGUCGAGAUGCCCAAAAAUUACAGACUUGCGCAUGUCUACUGACUCUGCGCUCGACGGUCGCGGCGGGG